ACUGCGGUGCGGGGCUGGGGGAGGGGGCGCGGACGGGGCUGGGGGGAGGGAGGGGGAACAAGGCAGGCACGCGCUGCUAUCUGCGCUGCCCCGUGUCUCCAAGAGCCCGCCUCUCUCCCCCCCCCUCCCGCCGCCGCCUCCACAGGAGUAUCGCGGUCAGUUCCGGCCGCCCCCAUUUGGCAAGGACAGCGGGGGCGCGGUGUACCCAGCCCCUCGCCUCUUCCUGUCCUCCUCCCUUCCUCCCGCUCUGCGUUUGGCUCCCGGAGCAUCCUCCCCCUCGCCUGCCCAUCCUCCUCCACCCCUCCUUCCCCGUUUUAUACCCGUCCUCCUCGCCCUGGGCUCUGGUUGGUGGUAGGUCGCUCGUGCGUCGGCACCUCUCCCUUUUUCUCCAAGCUCCUGAGUGGCGGCGGCGGCAGUAGCAGCGGUGACAGCAGCGGCUGUGGCAGAGAUAACAGCGGCGGCAGAGACCGCGGCGGCGGCGGCAGAGACCGCGGCAGCAGAGACCGCGGCAAGAGAGAUCGCCUAGGCGGCGACGGCGGCGGAGGAGGAGGCACAGACGCUCGAGGCGUAGUAGCAUCCCGGGCGGUUCCGAAGGAGGCGGGGGCGGAGGCAGCCUGUCCCAGAGCCCGCGCCAGCCGCAUCCCAGUCUAUCCGGGCAGCGGCGUUCUCUCGCCCCAGAGGCUGCAGCAUCAGCAUCCGACGCCGAGGCGGCCGGACCGAGACUCCGGCAACCCCAGCAGCCGCAUCCGCAGCGGCGGCCUCACCAUCAGCGACUCCAGCCUCCGCCCCAGGUCCAGCCUCGCGUGCGCUAGUCCGGGAACGGCAGAAGGCAAGAUGAAGCUGAAGCCCGACCAGACCCGAACCUAUGACCUGGAAGGCUUCAAGCAGCGCGCGGCGUGUCUGUGCUUCCGUGGCGAGCAAGAGGAUGAGGUGUUGCUGGUGAGCAGCAGCGGGCACCCCGACCAAUGGAUCGUGCCCGGAGGGGGCAUGGAGCCCGAGGAGGAGCCGGGGGCCGCGGCAGUGCGCGAGGUCUACGAGGAGGCCGGGGUCCGAGGCAAGCUGGGCCGCCUGCUGGGCCUGUUCGAGAACCUGGAGCGCAAGCACCGCACCCACGUCUACGUGCUCGCCGUUACCGAAAUCCUGGAGGACUGGGAAGAUUCGGUGAACAUCGGCCGCAAGCGCCAGUGGUUCAAGGUGGAGGAUGCCAUCAAGGUGCUGCAGGGCCACAAACCCGUGCAGGCCGAGUACCUGGAGAAGUGGAAGUCGGCCAGCUCCCCGAGCGGCAGCAGCCCCGCCGGAGGCGGCCCGCCGGCAGCCGCAGGUUCCGAGGGCUCCGAGGGCCCCGACGGCGAUAGCGCGGGGCAACCUGCGGCAGAGCCCGCCUCGGGUUCUGGCAGAUAAAAAGUGUUCCAGGUCAUCCUGAAAAGAAAAGGGGGAGAGC